AUACAGAUGAUAUAAUGGCUGUGCUUUAAUGAUGAACUGAGACACAUUGACAAAUCAUCUUCUAAAAACAAAUAAUGAACUCACGCUGUUGCUGUGUGAUAUCUGGAAAUAAUGAAUGUCCACAAGGUCAAAUCUCCAGGUAUUAUAAAGGCUGGAGAUACAGGUGCUGUGUCUUUAAACAGCAGACACUGGCCAUAAAAGUGUUCAAACUUCACUAUCAGCACUUUAAACCCUCCGCCAGAUAAGGCUCCGGCUCAAAUCAGAGCAGAGCACUUGUGGUCUACAACACCGCCUUCAUCAUCUGUGCUGUUCGAGAUUUUUUCUGAGAUCUGAGGGAUUUUCUUGAAAGAUUCUUCAUUGCCAUGGAUAAUGAUGAUCAAUUCCUAAUAUUUAAGAUCUUCAUGCCUAUCGUAUCCUUCGGGAUGCUGUCCAUCUGCUGUGCUGGUUUCUGUAAAAUGUUCCAGCGGUUUCGUAAGGAGCGUAUAGAGCGCCUACAGGCUCAAGCUCGACAUAUGGAUAGGCCGUCCGUGUACGUCAUUCCCAUCACUUUAUCUGAGGAUGAUCUGCACAGACCCCCACGCUACAGCACAGUCCAGUUCUGUGAGGCUCCUCCGUCUUAUAAUGAGCUAAACCUGAAGCCUGAAGUGUCUCCUCUGGAACCUCCUCCUGAUUAUACAGAGUCCGUCUUUUCUUCUGGCUCAUAUUCAUGAUUUAUCAACAGAUCAAACUCACAGUAAGAGUUUUCCAGAGUACUUGGACUGGUUUGAAGAAAAAUACGGAUAACAUGGUAUCCUCAUGGUUUUCCAAGGACUGCUAUACAGUACAUGCUGGCUAUGCAAAGAUUGAAAUUAUGAAGAAAAAAGCCUCACAGUUAUGAAAUAAUUUGUUAAUAAAAACACCCUUAGUAAAUAUGAGCAAAGAAUAUAAGGAAAAAAAAUUAUUUCAUAUUUAGGAUCUUUUGCUCAAAAUAUUAACAAAGAAAUUAAGUCGUUCGAUUUUGGAUAACAGUAAGAGUUUUUUCUUUUUUUUCAAACCCUUUCAGAGAGUUUGUUGUGAUUUUGGUGAGGUUGGCUUGUAGUUUUAGAGACUUUUUGACUCUAAGAUUCAACUAACAUUUGCAGUUCUCCAGUCGUGAUUCUUGAAAAAAAUGUUUACCGCUCGAACCAUCCUAACAGUGCGUUUGAACAAAAAACACAUUGACUUUCAGCCAAUUCAUAACACCUACAACUAAGUUGCGCUUGUUAAUUAUUGCCAUAAUGAUCAAAAGGGAAAUUUUUCUGUUUUUUGGUAUUUUCUUUUAGCCACUUCCCAUUUUGUGAAGCUCAACAACUUUUUUUUUUCUUAAAACACAGCUCUGUUCCUUGGUUUUAACCACUGUGAUGAAUAACUGAGAGACUUUAGUCUUUGUGUUACCUCAUAUUUAUAGCCCUGUGAAAAAGGUGUUGGUAGAAGGAUUUUCUAUUUCUAGUCAAGAAAAUGUAUUUAAAAAACAGGAAUAUGCAUAUAAAUUCAUGGUAGAGCCAAUAAUUGUGACAUAUUUAUCUUACGUAUAUUUAAUGAAGACAUUUGUUUUUUGAUAAAACUGUGCUGUGUUUGCACAAGUGUUUGCUCUCAGUGAGAGCAGAAUGAUUUAUUCAUAUUUUGAAAUAAUAUCUUGAGCAAAAAAAAAAAAAAAACUUUUCAAACUUCUUUGCUUGUAAAUAUCUAGUUUACCAACAUCACUGGAGGGCUCUUCAUAAUAAUAUGUGAUUCUGUUGGGAUUUUAAACAUCCUACAGGGUUUUAUACAAAGUUUGUUUGCACAAUGAGCAGAAAUAACUUGUUUAAAUGUUUAAUAUAUAUUCUGUUUUAAUGAAUAUUUAUAAAUUGUGUACAUAGCUAAACUGUUUUUGUUCAUUUCAACAUUUCUUAUCUUUGUAAAUAUGAUGUAAAUUGUACAGCGAAAACUGUAACGAAUACAAUAAAACUGUUGUAUAUACACAGACCCUUAA